UAUGGAUAGAUAUAAAUAGAAAAAAAGAAAAGAAGUAGGCGCGAUUGGUGGCGCCGCGUAGCGACGCAAGUGCGGAUGAGAAAUUGCGCUACGUUCAGACAUGUCAGACGCGGACGACUUCGUGCUGGUGACUCGUCGUGGAAGACGACGUCGACGUGACGAGAGCAGAAACUUAAAUAGAAACACAGCUACGCCGAGCGUCGUCGACGAGCAGGAUUGCGAGGACGAUCGCGAGUAUUUACUUCGCAUCAGCAAGCUAGACAAGACGAUAGACGAGGUCAAGGACAGCAGAUUUACCAGGUUCGUUUGUAGCAAGCUGACGGAGUCCCUAGCCGUUCUAGGCUCCGAUGCUAUUUCCGAGAUAGUCUGCUACGGGUUAGGACAGUUCGCGGUGUAUAGACCGUCGAGAUGCCAAUUGGCGCUUCUGCUGUGUUUGAAGGCGCGAUACGAGCCGGUUCGCGUACAUCUGUACGAUCCGGCGUUUCGCCCUCACGAAGUGCGAGCUCUACGUGCCUUUGGCCUUGAGGUCAUAGAAACGAAUGAGGAGGGCAAGCGCGUCGUCCAGCGAGAUAAAACGACCCUCGUGUUCAUGCCGCACUGCUCGCGGCAACUGAUCAAUAAUUUUCUUUACGCAAACUGGGGUGACGAAUUGAGCGGCUGCAUCCUGCUCACCAACAGUUUCUCGAUGAUCGUCGACGAUAGUUUACGUAGGGACAUAAUAAAUUCAGCGAGCUACAUACUACGCAUUCUACCUUAUGUUACAGAGAUUCGAUUGGAAAAUUCCUUCGUGUACGAGGAAGUUUUCAGCAGUCUUAACAUACAUAUUUUUACCAAACAAGACCUGCUUAAAGUCCCAGCAGAUUUUUGGAGCUCCAAAGAGGAACCACAGUAUGGACGUUUAACAAAGGACGUUGAGUUUGUUACAGCCGCGCAGACGAGCAACACUUGAUGCUGACUAAUAUAGCGACAAUGAAUAACAAUAUUAAAAUUGUUCGUUCUCUCGUGCAAGAGUUGCGCAGAGUUUCGCAAAAUAAGAAUACGAAAGAAAAUGCGAUGUU